GGCCGGGUAGCGCGAGAGUUCUGGUUCCGGUUAUCAGAUCAAGUUCGAAUGUAUUGUUUCCGAGCUUUGGUCUCGAAUCAGCAGAUCUCUGCCGCUCCUGUUUUCUCCUGCUUUCUUCAAUUGCUUUCCACCUUGAUUUCUUCACAACAAUAACAGCUGAUUGUUUGCUUUAUAAAAUAUUCUGGACUGAUAAUGACUGAUAAACUGCCCGCCUUCCUCGCAGCCCUGACCCCCGAACAGCUCCAAGGCUUCAACGACUUCAAGUCCGCCAUCCCGGCCGUCGUCAAGGAAGCGGAAUACAGCGAGAUCUAUGCGCACAACAUUCUAGCGACCGACUCUGCCGCGGUUGACGCGAUCAUUCUCAAGUUCUUGGUCGCAAACGCGUACGAUGUGCCCGCGGCGCGGGCGCAGAUUCUCGGGACGCUCAAGUGGAGAAAGGAGUUUAAGCCCUUGUCGGCUGCGUUUGAGGAGGUGCAUGAUGCAAAGUUUGACGGGCUCGGAUACAUCACUGAGGAUAAGUCGAAGCCGAACGGUGAUAUCGUGACGUGGAAUUUGUACGGACAGGCGGCGGGAAAGCCUGAAGUCGUGUUUGGCGAUACCGAGCAGUUCUUGAGAUGGCGCGUCGGUGUUAUGGAGCGGGGACUGCAGCUGCUUGAUUUCGCGAGCGAGAGGACAAAGAUCGACCAGGUUCACGACUACAUGAAUGUCAGUUUUCUGCGAAUGGAUCCCAACGCGAAGAAGGCCUCAAAGGCAGCAGUCGCCAUCUUCAGCAGCCAUUAUCCCGAGCUUUUGGGCCGCAAGCUGUUCAUUAACGUGCCUUUGAUCAUGGGCUGGAUGUUUGCCGCGAUGAAACUUUUGGUCUCGAGAGAGACGAUGGCGAAGUUUGUAGUGCUGAGCUAUGGUAGUCAGCUGGUGGACUAUCUUGGACCUGGCAUUCCGGAGGUGUAUGGUGGAAAGGGACAGCCUUUGAAGGAACAGGAUAUCUACAGCUCCAUAACUCUUCCCGCUGGUUUCACUAUCCCUAUAGUCGAAGCCGCGCCAGAGCCUGCUACGACUACCGAUGCUGCUACUGAUGUUCCUGCUGAUGCUCCUGCUACCAGCGAGGAAAAAUAGUCGAUGCAGUUGUCUGGUUGAUGAGUACAUGUGAGAGACCGCUGCUGUCCUAUUUUGUUGUGUGAAGCUUACAUGCUUAAUUUAUAAUGUAAUAUGAUUUUGAAGUGCAAAAGGCAGAGGACUGUAGCAUGAUUUAUGUAUUAGUUUGAGAACAAAUCAA